AUAUAUGUAAUCAAAAAAGAAACAUCACUGGUACUUACACAGGGUGACCAAUAUUUAAAACUGCAAUGGUAAUCAGCUGAUUUUGUUAAAUUGUUUUAAAUAAAUCUUUUAAACCCGCUACAUAAAAUUUUAUACACUAAAAAAUGAGAUUAUCUCAUUUGUUAAAUGCAAUGACUGCCAGAGAACCAGUUCUGCCGCGACGAAGGAACAAACUUAGAUCUUUGGCGAUAGUGACCACGGGUGCAACCAUAUUCUACGCGGGCUUUUGCAUUUACAAAGGCAAUGAAAAAUUUUACAAGAACACCUUAAUGCCCUUAUCACGAUAUUUGCCGGCUGAAACAAGUCAUAAAUUAGCCGUGCUGGCUUGUAAAUAUAAGGUGUUCUCAGCAUCACAGCUACCAGACUCCAACAAUUUGGCAGUUAAAUUUUUUAAUAAAGAAAUAUCGAACCCAAUUGGUAUUGCAGCUGGCUUUGAUAAGCAAGGUGAAGCUGUGGAAGGUUUAUCGAAGUUAGGAUUUGGUUUUGUGGAAAUUGGUUCAGUAACGCCUGAACCGCAACCCGGCAAUCCAUUACCACGCGUUUUUCGUCUAAUUAACGAUGAAGCUAUAAUAAAUCGUUAUGGAUUUAAUAGUGAAGGUCAUCGCGUGGUCUUUGAGCGCUUAAAUGAGCUAAGAAAAGUGCGUGGUUUCGACGGUGUACUGGGUGUCAAUCUGGGAAAAAAUAAAACUUCCGUAUCUCCGAUUUCAGAUUAUGUGAAUGGCGUAAAAGUUUUUGGUCCCAUCGCUGAUUAUUUGGUUGUUAAUGUGAGUAGUCCAAAUACACCAGGCUUACGUGAUUUACAAGACAAAAAGGAGUUGGAACAAUUGCUGACUGCAAUUAUUGAGGCGCGUAACGCUUUGCCUGUCAAUAAUAAAAUACCAAUAUUUUUGAAAAUUUCACCAGAUAUAACUAAACAAGAUAUUAACGAUAUUGUUGCUGUUAUAAAGAAGAAAAAUUGUCGCGUUGAGGGAUUAAUAGUUUCUAAUACUACUAUAACCCGUGAUAAUCUAAAAGAAAUUGAGCUGGCCAAAGAGGUGGGUGGUUUAAGUGGUCCACCUAUACGUAACAAAUCCACGCAACUAAUUGCUGAAAUUUAUGCACAAACUGACGGCAAAAUUCCCAUUAUUGGUGUUGGUGGCAUUUCAUCAGGUGAGGAUGCGCUCGAAAAAUUGGAAGCAGGUGCCUCCUAUUUACAAUUCUAUACUGCCUUUAUAUAUGAAGGACCGCCAGUUGUUAGCCGCAUUAAAAGAGAGUUAGCACAAUUGCUGGCUGAUAAAGGUUAUGCAAGUGUGAAAGAUGCCGUGGGCAAAAACUACAAAAAUUACCUUAGUAAAUAAUUUGUUUAAACUAUAAUAUAGAUAAAGGUGUGUACUAAACUGUUAUUUACUAAAAAUGCAAUUAUUAUACGAAAAUAAAAAAAGUUUAUAUUCAUGUGUUUUUGUAAAGUUUUUCCAAAUAUUUUUAAUAAAGGAUUUUUCCAAUAAAU